UCAGCCCGCAUCGCACCAACAAUCAUCUCAGUGAUUUGCAUUCGGAGGAAGAUCAUUUUCUCCUUAUACAGUCGAAUGGGAAGGAGUGGACCUCCAUGCAAAUUGCAAUACUUGCUUUUUUCUACAUGGUUUGGAGGUUGACCCACGUGGCAGCACGUUGGGAGCGUAAAAUACCGCAUUAUGAUGUCACCGUAGUUGUAACGGGGUCGACCAUGCCUGGAAUUUUCCAAACCUGUCUGUUUAGUUUCCCAGUGUAUAUAGGAGAGUCAUAUAUCAAGCUUACACGCGAGAUAGUGGCAGUAUAUACCUAGUAGCUCUUGGUAGCCUCUUGCAGACCGUUGGGUCCGGAAGUAGUAACGGAGAGAUGGCGAAGUAUG